AUGUCUACCCAGAAAGCAGUAGUCCACGUCUCAAAGGACGUAUCUGAGUUGAGAGACGACGUACCUCUUCCUAAAAUUCCAGCCGAUAACUGGCUUCUUGUCAAGACCAAAGCUGUUGCGCUGAAUCCGACUGAUUGGAAAAGCAUCCAUCAUUCGCCUUCGCCGGGCGCCAUCGCGGGAUGCGACUAUGCCGGAGUUGUUGAAGAGGUGGGAAAAGCAGUGACCAACUACAAGGUUGGUGAUCGUAUUUGUGGAUUUGUUCGUGGAGGCGACCCAGCGGACCACUCCAACGGUGCUUUUGCCGAACACAUCAAGGUCAAAGAGGGCAUCAACCUCAAGAUCCCUGACAGCAUGUCCUUUGAGGAUGCAGCAACCUUGGGCAUUGGCAUCACUACUGUAGGCCAAGGAUUGUACCAGGAACUCGGCCUACCAAUCCCCCCAGCCAAGGCGGAAGAACCUACACCUAUCCUGAUCUAUGGUGCUUCCACAGCAACCGGCACGAUUGCUGUCCAGUACGCGAAGCUCUCGGGCUACGAGGUCAUUGCCACAUCCUCCCCCCGUAACUUUGAUCUCCUCCGUAAGCUCGGCGCCGACCACGUCUUCGACUACAACGAGCCCAACGUCGGAGCCAAGAUCCGCGAAGUAACCAGCGACAAGCUCAAGUUGGUCUUCGAUUGCAUUGCCGAAGGCAACUCGUUCGACAUCACGGCCGCGGCUAUCAGUUCCACCGGUGGCCAUAUGUCUGGGCUCCUACCUCCCGGCAACUACCCAAGGGAUGACGUGAAAGCAGUUUGGACACUCGGCUACACGGCGCUUGGUGAGAGGUUCAACGAGAGACUUGACGCCAAGCCACAAGACUACGAGUUUGGUGUCAAGUUCUGGAAACGAGCGCAGGAGUUGAUCGAGAGCGGCAAGAUCAAGCCACACCCGGCUGAGGUGCGGGAUGGCUUGGCUGGUGUCCCUCAGGGCUUGCUGGAUUUGAAGGAUGGAAAGGUUUCGGGUGUGAAGCUCGUGUACAGGGUUGAGUGA